AUGGUUCGCAUCUGGAGUGUAUCAACUGGUGCAUUGCUGGCAGCUGCUCGCCUUUCUGACAACGCAACUGCAGUAGCUUGGCCAAGCACACAUGGUUCGGAAAACGGUUUGUCUGAUUUGGCGGAUGGUAUUUUUCUUGGAGAAUCGAGGCUCGCGAAGGUGCCCAUCGAGCGGAUCCGCAACUUCAGCAUCAUCGCGCACAUCGACCACGGCAAGUCGACCCUGGCUGACAAGCUACUCGAGACGACCGGCACGGUGCAGGCGCGCGAGAUGAAGGAGCAAUUCCUGGAUAACAUGGAGCUGGAACGAGAGCGAGGGAUCACCAUUAAACUGCAGGCAGCGCGCAUGAGGCAUGUGUCAAGGGUGGACGGCAAGGCGUACUGUCUGAACCUCAUCGACACGCCCGGCCACGUGGACUUCAGCUACGAGGUGUCUCGCUCCCUGGCUGCAUGUGAGGGGGCUCUUUUGGUGGUGGACGCGUCUCAGGGCGUGGAGGCACAGACACUGGCGAAUGUGUACCUUGCGAUAGAGGGGAACCUGGAGAUUAUCCCGGUGCUGAACAAAAUUGAUCUCCCAGGAGCUGAUCCGGAGAGGGUGAGGGCGGAGGUGGAGGAGGUGGUGGGGCUCGAUGCAUCAGACGCCAUCCUGUGUUCCGCCAAGGAGGGCGUGGGCAUUCAGGACAUCCUCGAAGCCAUCAUUGCCAAAGUGCCGCCCCCUGCGCCCACCAGAGACCAACCGCUGCGCUGCCUCAUCUUCGACAGCUACUAUGACCCGUACCGGGGUGUGAUAGUGUAUUUCCGUGUGGUGGACGGCGAGGUGCGCAAGGGCGACAGCGUGCGGUUCAUGGCCAGUGGCAAGCAGUACGAGGUGGACGAGCUGGGGGUGCUCUCGCCCACUCAGAUGCCCGUCGACUGCUUGUACGCUGGCGAGGUGGGGUACCUAGCAGCGUCCAUCCGUCAAGUGGCAGACGCAAGAGUGGGAGACACAAUUACCCACGCAGGGGGAGCAGGCAAGGGGGGCCCACCGGCCAAGGAGGGGUUGCCCGGGUACAGGGAGGCGGUGCCGAUGGUGUUCUGCGGGCUCUUCCCCAUCGACGCCGACCAGUUCCCCUCCUUGAGAGAGGCGCUGGAGAAGCUGCAGCUCAACGAUGCUGCUCUGCAGUUUGAGCCGGAGAGCAGCAGCGCCAUGGGGUUUGGCUUCCGCUGUGGUUUCCUGGGUCUGCUGCACAUGGACGUGGUGCAGGAGCGGCUAGAGCGAGAGUAUGGUCUGGACCUGAUCACAACAGCCCCCAGUGUGGUGUACCGCGUGCUGAAGCGGGACGGGUCAGUGGUGGAGUGCUCCAACCCUGCUGACAUGCCCGAUGCCUCUGUGCGCUCUGAGAUCCAGGAGCCUUAUGUGCGGCUGGACAUCCUGACCCCCAAGGAGUAUAUUGGAACGCUCAUGGACCUGGCACAGGAGAGGCGGGGCGAGUUUGUGGAGAUGAAGUAUGUCACCGAGUCGCGCACCAGUCUGUCCUAUGACACGCCACUUGGCGAGGUGGUAGGGGAUUUCUUUGACCAACUCAAGUCGCGGACCAAGGGAUACGCCAGCAUGGAGUAUAAAGUCAUCGGGUACCGCAAGAGCAACCUGGUGAAGAUGGACAUCCAGCUCAAUGGGGAGAUCGUGGAGCCGUUGUCGGCCAUCGUGCACCAGGAAAAGGCCUACGGAGUGGGCAGAGCGCUCACACAGAAGCUCAAGGAGCUCAUUCCCCGACAGAUGUUCAAAAUCCCCAUCCAGGCGUGUGUUGGAACCAAGGUCAUUGCAAGUGAAACAAUUGCAGCCAUUCGGAAAGAUGUUCUAGCCAAGUGCUAUGGUGGUGAUAUUUCACGAAAGAAGAAAUUGUUGAAGAAACAAGCAGCGGGGAAGAAGAGAAUGAAAGCGCUUGGACGAACGUUCAAGGGAAGCUCCCUCAAUGAAAUUUCCAUGCCAGCUACUCACCCACACUGCCUAGUUAACAUCUUUCCGUUGCUUUUAUGUGCUACCUUGGGAAGUUCAGUGCUGAUAUAUGCGUUGUGUAUUCAGCAAAUGGGGCCGGCAUGGACUUUUGAGACGUCUCUUGAGACGACUUUUGAGACGCCUCUUGAGACGACUUCUGAGACGUCUCUUGAGGCGACUUUUGAGACGUCUCUUGAGGCGACUUUUGAGACGUCUCUUGAGACGUCUCUUGAGGCGACUUUUGAGACGUCUCUUGAGGCGACUUUUGAGACGUCUCUUGAGGCGAAUUUUGAGAUGUCUCUUGAGGCGACUUUUGAGACGUCUCUUGAGGCGACUUUUGAGACGUCUCUUGAGGCGACUUUUGAGACGUCUCUUGAGGCGACUUUUGAGACGCCUCUUGAGGCGACUUUUGAGACCUCUCCUGAGGCGACGUUUGAGACGUCUCUUGAGGCGACUUUUGAGAUGUCUCUUGAGGCGACUUUUGAGACGUCUCUUGAGGCGCCUUUUGAGACGUCUCUUGAGGCGACUUUUGAGACGGUGGGAGUGGCGCUGCUAUUAGCAGGGGGAGUGCAAUUCCACAGCACCUACCUCAGCGUCACGCAAUUCACCCUCGCCACCACACAAGCCCUCGUUGGGGCCACUCACAACCUCUCCGCUGCAUUGCAACGCUCUGCCAACACCACCGUCUUCAAUGUCGUGGGGUCCCAGCCUUCCCACCCACUGCAUUCCUUGCCCUGUCCCUCCCCUGUCCCUCCCCUGUCCCUCCCCUGUCCCUCCCCUGUCCCUCCCCUGUCCCUCCCUGUCCCUCCCCUGUCCCUCCCCUGUCCCUCCCCUGUCCCUCCCCUGUCCCUCCCCUGUCCCUCCCCUGUCCCUCCCCUGUCCCUCCCCUGUCCCUCCCCUGUCCCUCCCCUGUCCCUCCCCUGUCCCUCCCCUGUCCCUCCCCUGUCCCUCCCCUGUCCCUCCCCUGUCCCUCCCCUGUCCCUCCCCUGUCCCUCCCCUGUCCCUCCCCUGUCCCUCCCCUGUCCCUCCCCUGUCCCUCCUCUGUCCCUCUCUUUUCCAGCCGCCACGCAGCAAACGGUGAUACAGGGAGCCGUGCAUGCAGAUAGCAUGGCAGCUGACAUUCAAGCAAGGAUUGUGAACAGCAUUGACCGGCUGGACGGAUACGUCAAGAUCGUGUGCGUUGGGGGAUGGUGGGAUGGUUGCGAGAUUGAUGGCUUGUGUGUUGGGUGGGAAUGGUUCGUUGGGUUGGGAGGGAAGGAAGGGGUUGUGAACAGCAUUGACUGGCUGAAUGGAUACGUCAAGAUCGUGUGCGUUGGUGCAUGCAUGCAUGGUGGGAUGGUGGUGGGAUGGUGGUGGGAUGGUGGUGGGAUGGUGGUGGGAUGGUGGUGGGAUGGUGGUGGGAUGGUGGUGGGAUGGUGGUGGGAUGGUGAUGGGGUGGUGGAUGGUGAUGGGGUGGUGGAUGGUGAUGGGAUCCUGUGCGUUGAUGAAUGCAUGAUGGGAUGGGUGCAUGGUGGGAUGGGUGGGUGCAUGGUGGGAUGGGUGGGUGCAUGGUGGGAUGGGUGGGUGUAUGGUGGUCGUCGCCGCCGCUCCUCCUUCCCGCCGUGA